AGACCGCGGCGGCCUCUACUAGGACCCUCCGCCCCGGAGCCGCCGGCCGGAGCCGCAGCCUCAGCCGCAGCGCUCCCCCCCCCACCGCCUGCCCCCCUCCCCCGCCGCCUCUGCCGGAGCCACCUCGCGCACUCUGGGGCAUGGCCGUCAAUGUGUACUCCACAUCUGUGACCAGUGAGAAUCUGAGUCGCCAUGAUAUGCUUGCAUGGGUCAACGACUCCCUGCACCUCAACUAUACCAAGAUAGAACAGCUCUGCUCAGGGGCAGCCUACUGCCAGUUCAUGGACAUGCUCUUCCCUGGCUGUGUGCACUUGAGGAAGGUGAAGUUCCAGGCCAAGCUAGAGCACGAAUACAUCCACAACUUCAAGGUGCUGCAAGCAGCUUUCAAGAAGAUGGGUGUUGACAAGAUCAUUCCUGUAGAGAAAUUAGUGAAAGGAAAAUUCCAAGAUAAUUUUGAGUUUAUUCAGUGGUUUAAGAAAUUCUUUGACGCAAACUAUGAUGGAAAGGAUUACAACCCUCUGCUGGCGCGGCAGGGCCAGGACGUAGCACCACCUCCUAACCCAGGUGAUCAGAUCUUCAACAAAUCCAAGAAACUCAUUGGCACAGCAGUUCCACAGAGGACAUCACCCACAGGCCCCAAAAAUAUGCAGACCUCCGGCCGGCUGAGCAACGUGGCUCCUCCCUGUAUCCUCCGGAAGAAUCCUCCGUCAGCCCGAAAUGGUGGCCACGAGACCGAUGCCCAGAUUCUUGAGCUCAACCAGCAGCUACUGGAUUUGAAGCUAAUGGUGGAUGGCCUGGAGAAGGAGCGCGACUUCUACUUCAGCAAACUUCGAGACAUUGAGCUCAUCUGCCAGGAACACGAAAGUGAGAACAGCCCCGUUAUCUCGGGCAUCAUUGGCAUCCUCUAUGCCACCGAGGAAGGAUUUGCACCCCCUGAGGACGAUGAGAUUGAGGAACACCAACAGGAAGACCAGGACGAGUACUGAGGGCGGCCCCAGCCCUGGAUGACUGCACGGCUUCCGUGCCUCCCCACCCCGCUCCCACCCCCACAUUAUAAUCCUUUCCUGACAGCCAGUCGGCCGGUGCUUUGUGUCAGUGCCGCGGCAUUGGGGAGCCUGGCGAGCAGGGCUUGGGGGGACGGGGCAGGUGAGCAGGCGGAGGCCCCUCUUCCUGUGGCACAGGCCCAGUGCGCGGGACCCCUGCCCACCCCACCCCUAUUUAUUUCCGUUGUCUCUAUGCUGUGUCGGCCAACACUCCCCCAGGGUGCUGUGGCCACCCACCCCAGCCAGCCACCCGCUCCCCUGACAGCCAGCAGCUGUAUAUUUGACAAAGUCAUUGGUAUAUUUUUACUUACUGGAUUUUCCUUGCACUUUACCUGUUCUUUUCCCAGGGCUGGCAGCACGGGUUCCGGGGCAGCGUGCCUGGCUUGGCUUCCCUUCCCCCGUUGCCAGGGCCGUGACUGGACUCACCGAUUCUUAUUUAUUUUGUCUUUUGACUUCCCAGUAGUUGAGGGAAAGGCUGAUGUCAGGAGAGGGAUAGGGGACUGAGGAGGGAGGUUACCUAAGGCCCUGGUGGUCAGGGAGAGGGAGGGGAGCAUGUGAGGGAUGAAAACGACCUCCUGGCACCAGGCUCACCCACCCUUGGCCCCCUGCGCCCAGCACCACAGCCUGGCACUGCGCUGAGGCUCCCAGCCACUCCCCUGCAGCUUGGUUCAUACCACACAGACUCUGCCCGGACCUCUUGUACGUCUGCCUUUUCUCUGCCCGCCUCCCCAAACCCAGCCCUUCGGGCCACCCAGCCUGCAUAUGUGUUCACUUUUAUUUAAAUAAACUUGUGUGGUAAAAGUCCA